GUUAAAGGGCACAUUUUAUGUAUAAUGCAUCUAAUAUAAUAGUAUGUCUUUUUAAAUAAAGUACAAAGUACAGAAAUAUCUUGAUAUUUUCGCAACGAGACUUAUUGCCGAGUGUCUUUCUGAAACAGUCUUUACCUCUACGAGUUAGUAGUAAGGUUUUCAUACAUUUUGCCUUAUCUAGACCCUACUUGUUGUUGUUGUUUGCCUUGGGGGACUUAGUGCCUUGGGACAUGAUUUCUUUUCUAAACACACAAUUUGUGCCAAUGAAGCAGUAAUCACAUAUAGCUCAGGUGUUCUGUCGGAUAUUCUUCGUUGAAAAAUUAUAUAAAUUUAGUUUUUCAUACAUAUAUAUUAAAUCUUAAAUGGCAAACUUUUGUUUUCACCACUACACUAAGCAUAACUUGUGUGAUGCAAUUUUAAAUUCUUGGCUUGCAUUUAGUAGCUUAGAAUAUAUACUUUUCUUCUUUACCAUUCUAUCAACUUUCUAAGCUUUAAAUAUAGAAUUCCAUCCUAACAAUAUUAUUCAUCUCUCAACUCCAAAUAUUAGUUUCCAAUUAAAAAAAAUAUGGCUGAUGCGUUUGUGUCAUUUGCAGUUCAAAAAUUGGGUGAUUUCCUUAUACAGGAAAUUAACCUACGUUUAAGUCUAAGAGAUGAUAUACAGUGGCUGCGAAACGAGCUUCUCUUCAUGCAGUCUUUCCUCAGAGAUGCAGAACUAAAGCAAUGUGGAGAUCAAAGAGUUCAACAAUGGGUGUUUGAGAUCAACUCCAUUGCUAAUGAUGCUGUUGCUAUACUCGAAACUUAUAGCUUCGAGGCUGGUAAACGUCGUCCUAGUCGUCUCAAGGCUUGCGCCUGCAUAUGUAGCAAGGAGAAGAAAUUCUACAAUGUCGCCAAGGAGAUCAAAUCACUCAAGAAAAAAAUCAUGGAUAUCUCUCGCAAACGAGAGACUUAUGGUAUUACGAAUAUCAUUUCAGGAGAUGAAGGGCCAAGUAAUCAGGUUACAACAUUGAGGAGAACUACCUCAUAUGUCGAUGACCACGAUUACAUUUUUGUUGGUCUUCAGGAUGUUGUAGAAACAUUGCUAGCUCAACUUCUCAAAGAAGAGCCUUGUCGAACCGUUCUCUCCAUUUAUGGAAUGGGCGGAUUAGGCAAGACCACUCUUGCAAGAAACCUCUACAGAAGUCCUCGUAUAGUCAAUACCUUCCCUACACGUGCUUGGAUAUGUGUUUCUCAAGAGUACAACACAAUGGAUCUUCUUAAGACUAUCAUAAAAUCCAUCCAAGGUUGCACCAUGGGAACUCUAGGAUUGUUGGAAAAGAUGGAUGAAAGAGAUCUAGAAAAUCACCUUCGUGAUCUACUGAAAGAACGCAAAUACCUUGUAGUGGUUGAUGAUAUAUGGCAGAGAGAAGCAUGGGAAAGUUUGAAAAGAGCAUUCCCGGAUGGCGAGAAGGGCAGCAGAGUCAUUAUUACCACGCGCAAAGAGGAUGUUGCUGAAAGAGCAGACGACAGAGGUUUUGUUCAUAAACUUCGUUUCCUAAGCCAAGAAGAAAGUUGGGAUCUCUUUUGCAGGAAACUACUUGAUGUUCGAGCAAUGGUUCCAGAAAUGGAAAGUCUAGCUGAGGAUAUGGUGGAAAAGUGUAGAGGCUUACCUCUUGCGAUUGUUGUAUUGAGCGGACUACUUUCGCAUAAAAAGGGGCUAAACGAAUGGAAAAAGGUGAAAGAUCACCUUUGGAAGAACAUUAAAGAAGAUAAAUUUAUUGAAAUCUCCAACAUACUAUCAUUAAGCUACAAUGAUUUGUCAACUGCGCUCAAGCAGUGUUUUCUCUACUUUGGUAUUUUUCCAGAAGAUAAAGUGGUCAAGGUUGAUAACAUAAUAUGGUUGUGGAUGGCGGAGGGUUUCAUACCCAGAAGAGGAGUAGAAAGAAUGGAGGAUGUCGCUGAAGGCUUCUUGAAUGAGCUGAUAAGAAGAAGCUUGGUUCAAGUGGCAAAUACAUUUUGGGAAAAAGUUACUGAAUGUAGGGUUCAUGAUUUACUCCAUGAUCUUGCGAUACAAAAGGCAUUGGAAGUAAACUUCUUUGACAUUUAUGAUCCAACAAGCCACUCCAUAUCUUCUUCAUGUAUCAGACAUGGCAUACAUAAUCAAGGAGAAAGGUACCUCUCACUUGAUCUUUCUAACUUAAAGUUAAGGUCAAUUAUGUUCUAUGAUCCAGGUUUUCAUAAGAUGAGUCUUAUAAACUUCAGGAGUGUGUUCCAAUAUCUGUAUGUGUUGUACUUGGAUAUUCUUGGUGCAACUAUACCUGAUGUCAUAGGAAGUUUGUACCACCUCAAGUUGUUAAGUUUGUCAUGUAUCCAUUAUCUUCCCUCUUCCAUUGGCAACCUGAAGAAUCUGCAGACACUUGUUGUCGUAGCUGGCGCAUACUCUUUCCAACUACCCCCCGAGACAACUGACCUGAUAAAUUUAAGACAUUUAGUUGUUCGGUGUAUAAAACCCCUGGUACAUAUAAACAAACUCACUAAUCUUCAAGUUCUUCAAGGCAUCCAAUGUGAUCAAUGGAAAGAUAUUGAUCCUGUUGAUUUAGUCAAUCUUCGAGAAUUAAGCAUGAGUGGUAUUGACAAAUCUUACUCUCUAAACAACAUUAACAGCUUGAAAAACCUUGACACACUCAAAUUGUUUUGUGGAUUUGAUGAAUCAUUCCCAUCCCUUGAAUUUGUAAUUCAUUGUGAAAAGCUCCAGAAAUUGUAUUUAAAUGGGAGCAUAGAGAAACUGCCUAAUCUGUUUUCAAAUUCCAUCACAAUGAUGACUCUGACUGACUCAAAACUGACACAAGAUCCGAUGCUUAUUUUGGGAAUGUUGCCAAACCUAAGGAAUCUCCAAUUAAAAGAAGCUUAUUUCGGAAAAGAAAUAAUAUGCAGUGAUAACAGCUUCUGUCAACUACAGUUCCUUCAACUUGAGUAUCUUCGAAACCUAGAAACAUGGCGUUUAGGCACAAAUGCUAUGCCUCUCAUUAAAGGUCUUUGUAUCGAUCACUGUCCAAAUUUAAAGGAGAUUCCUGAGAGAAUGAAACGCGUAGAGCUCUUGAAGAGGACUUCUAAGUGGUCUUCAUAAUAAUCUAAGAGGUAUUGAUUGGUGCCAAGCACUUGAAGACAGUGGUUUUAGUGUUUGAUUUCUUGUUUUUGAGUGACUCUAGUUAUUGGUUUGUAACAUAAUAUCUAAACUGUGGAUCUUGAAGAUUCUGAUUUUAAUUUGAAUUUAUGAGUUAAAAUUUUA